AUGAUUAUACAUAUAAAAAUAUUUACUCUGUUAAUUGUCUUCUUUCAAAAUGUUAUGGCAAAUUGGAGACUAGUUGAUUACAGUUUUUCAGAAAAACAAAUUUCUCAUAAUAAUUGGGAAAUGAAAAAGUGUUGUUCUAGUAGCUCUUCAAAUAUAAUUUUUGACAAAAAUAGUUGCUCUUCAAAUUAAUUAGAAUAUGUGAGAUUGUCAAAGUUUAAAAGAUAUUUGUAGAAAUCUUUUGCAUAUAAAAGCUUUUAAGUAUAAAUAAUUUUUGAUGCUUUCUUUGAUGGUGCAAUAAGUGAGAAUUCCGAGAUAAAAGUUACUUAUGGUAGUAAUAGAAGUUCAGAUAAUGAUAGGCAACUGUUUCUAUUCGAUUAUGAUCAAAAUGACUUAAACUAAAAUAGUCGUCUAAUUUGUCAUUCUAGCAUAGAAAGAUUUAAAUUAGAAACAAUUGUAAGUAAUUAUGUAGAUUCAAACUCGAAUAACUUUUCAAUCAAAAUUUGUUUUGAUCCGUAUGAUCAUAGAUAUGAUGAUGAGUGUGAUAAUGAUCAUACAUUUAGUGAUAAUUAUUGUGAUGAUGAUUAUAUAUAAAUUGGAAUAAGAAAUGUGUUAGUUUAUGUUAAUACUUGUCAUCCAACUUGUUUAACAUGUGACGGUCCUACUGAAUCAGAUUGCUUGACAUGUUUUGAUAAUAAAGCAGUAUAAGUUGGAGAGUGUGAAUGUAUUCCAGAAUAAUAAUUUUCUGAAACUUAUAUAGGUUGUAUAUAAGAAUGUAGUAGAGAUUAUUCAAUAGCUCGUUUUGAUAAAAUUUGUGUAAAAGAUACUCGAAUAAAAUCAAAGUUUACUUUAUUUUAAGAUAAUGUUAUUCCCUAAUCAGAUUAUAGAUAUUCUCCUUUAAUCUUUGAAAAAGAUGAAUUUUAUCCAAAAAACAAAGAUUUAAUUUAAGAUAAUUGUAAUGGACUCAGUUUUGUAGGAAAAUUGUAAUUUAGUGAAGGAAUGAUAUAUUAAAUGAAUCUUGAGAAUGCUGUAAAGUUUCUUAGAAUUCGUAUAACAUUUUAUUUGUUUAAUUUUGAAGAAACAAGCAGCAUUCAAAUUAUUCACAACAAUUAAUUACAAUCUAGAAUAAUAAAAGAUUCAUCUGGUUUCUAAGUAGAAAAUUUAUUUAAAAUAUUUGAAAAGAAUUAAAAUUGUGGUAGUAAUUAUACUGUGUUGAGAAUAGAGAUAACUUUUUAACUAUUUAAUACUAAUCCAACUCUUUUUAUUUAAGGAUAACUUCAAUAAGAAAGUGAAUCUUGGGGAUUUAGAAAUAUAACUGUUGAUACAGGAUUUUGUUAAGAAAAUUGUUUAGUAUGUUCUGAUUUCUCUACCUGUGAAUAGUGUGAUUCAACAAAUAAAUUAUAUAAAAAUAAAUGUAUUCAAUCUUGUCCUAUACAUUCGUCAAAUUGUAUUGACUAUGAGGAUAUCAUUCCAUGUAAAUUAUUAUUGGUUUAUUUUUAGAUUCUAGAUACUUUGCAAGAGGAUUUUAUGAUUUAAAUAUGACUAUAGAUGAAAUAGAUGAAUUUUAUGAUUCUACAACAGAUCCAUCUCAUAGUUUAUCAACCAGAUAAAAAUUUUCAUUUUUAAAUAAUAAAAUAGUUAUGGGUGGUUUAUUAGUUUGGAAUGAUGGUUCAUAUAUUAAAACAUGGGUUAUUCAAAAACCUCAUUAUGCAGCAACUAUAUAUUUUAAUUUAACUUAUGGAGAUGGUUACACAGGAUCAUUUUAUUAUAAGAUAGGUGCUUCUUAAAGCAUAGGAUGGUAAGGACCUUUUUAUAAUCCUGGGGGAGGAACAAAUUUAGUGGGUCGAACUGGUCUUGAAAGUACUCGUUAUUUUAAUGUAAGUUUAACAAACUUUUAUACUAACAAUCUUUAUGUUGAAUUUAAAUGUGAUGUUAUUACUGCAAAUAUAACAAAGGAAUUCUGUGCAAUAUCUGAAUACUUCAUUGUUAUUCAUUAUGUAUAAUAUGUAUUAUUAUAAUUUAGUGUCCUCCUCUUUGCUCUAGUUGUACAAGUUUAACUUCAUGUUCAGAUCCAGGAUAUACUGGUCCUAAUUGUGGGAGUAGUUAAUAUUUAGAUUUUGAUUAAUAAACUGAAACUUAUAGUUGCAAAAAUUGUAAUUAACCUGGAUGCAAUACAUGUACAAGAGCAGAAUAAUGCACUUAAUGUGUUAAUAAUUAAUUUAAUUUGAGUAAUGGAGUUUGUUUGUGCAAUCCAUUUACAUUUUUAUAAGGAAAUACUUGUGUUUAAUGUAAUAAAUUUUGUGAAAAUUGUUAUGGUGACUCUUAAUAUAAUUGUCUUACUUGUGUAAAAGAUCAUCAUAGAAGUAUUCAAAAAAAUUAAUGCAUAUGUUUAAUUGGGUAUUAUGAUGACGGAAAUACUUUACCAUGUUUUCCUAUUUGUGGAGAUUAAAUAAUAGUAGGUGAAGAAGAAUGUGAUGAUGGUAAUAACAAAGAUGAUGAUGGCUGUGUUGAUUGUCAAAUAAAAUGUUAAGUCUAAUGUACAUUAUGUGAAAAAGAUAUAUGCAAAGAAUGUAAUGUUGAAGGUUGGUAACUAAAUAAUUAAAAAUGCAUACCAAUAUGUGGAGAUUAAUUAAUUUUGGGCCUGGAGGAAUGUGAUGAUGGAAAUUUGAUUCCGUAUGAUGGAUGCUAUGAGUGUAAAUUUUCAUGUCCAGAAUAAUGUGCUUAGUGUGAAUAUGGAAUUUGUAAAGCUUGCAUUAAACCAGGAUGGGUCCUUAAUGAAUAUAACAUUUGCACUACUUAAUGCGGAGAUGGUAUUGUUGUUGAUCCCUAUGAGUAAUGUGAUGAUGGUAAUGAUUAUCCCUAUGAUGGUUGUUAUUGGUGUGAAUUUUAAUGCUCAGAAGGCUGUAUUGAAUGUUAGCAAUAAUAAUGCAAACAAUGUGAUUAUUUAUACAAAUUGGAUACUCAAACAGCUAAAUGUUUAAAGGAAUAUUAAUAUGAUAAUGAUGAUAACAAUUUAGAUAUUGAGAUAUCAAAAUUAUAAUUGAUUGAGUAGAUAAAUUUUAGAUGUGGAGAAAAUCAAAAUUUAAUUGAUAAUUUAUGUGUAAGUUAAUGUGGAAAUGGAAUAUUAGUCAAUCAAUAUGAAGAAUGCGAUGAUGGUAAUAAUUAUGGAGGAGAUGGAUGCUCUGCUUAUUGUCAAAUUGAGGAUUCAUAUUAAUGUAUAAAUUAGGAUGGUUCAUUAAGUUUAUGUACAUAUAUUAUAGCUCCUGAAUUUAAUUUGAAUAUUCUAUCUGAUAAUUCUUAAUAAAUAAAAACCGUAGAGUUAACUUUCACUUAAUAAGUUAAAUUAGAGGAAUCUUUAAAUUUUGAUGAAAUUAUAGUAUUUUCUAUCUUUCCAUAAACUCGAUAUCAAUUAACAAUCAGUUGUAUAUAAAAUUUAACAAUUACCCUAAACGAUCCAAAAUAUGAGAUAUAAAUUGAAUUUAUUGAACAUGUAGAAAACCCUAUUUUACAAGUUGACAUAUAGAAAAAUACUAUAUUCAAUACAUAUGAUUUACGCUUAUUGAAAAAUAAUAAAACUAUUAUUCUUGGCACUCCAUUUGUCCUCUCAUAAACAACUAAAUAAUAAUUAAUAUCUAUAGUAUAAUUAAAUGAUGUUAUGAUGUAUUCAAUGGCUGCAGUAUCAAGUUUGGCUUUUUUAACUGGAAAUGCAAUUAUGUUUUUUAAUUUAUUAGAUUUAUUAUAAUCAUUAUCUUAUGUGAGAUAUAUGUAAUGUUAAUUUCCACCACAUUUGAAUGAUUUCUUAAAUACUUACACUAAAGUCUCAUUGCAACCUAUUUUUGAUUAUUUAGAGGUUGAUUAAUUAAUUGGAAUAAGUAGAUCAAAUCACACAAUCAAUAAAUAACAUAAAGACCCAAAAUAUAUUUUACAAUAACCUUAUUUGUUCAAUAUUAAAAGUUGCUAUUUUUCUGUAUUUGCAUCCAUUAUAACUUACAUAAUAUAUCACUUAAUAUCAUCUAAAAGCUUAUAACAAUUAGUUUUCAAAAGCUACUUAAAAUAUAGGUAUAAUUAUAAAAUUGUUAAAUUUAUAAAUAUAUUUUACUCAAAGGUACAGAAAAAGUGUUUAAAAUAAUAGAUAGAAUAUUUCUCUCUUGGAAUAUUUAAGGUCUAUUUAGCUAUACUUCAUUAAUUUAUGUUCAGUGCACUUUUAGCAUUUCCUUAUUACAAAUUUGACUCUCUUUUUUCAAUAUUCAAUAGUAUUAAUGCUAUUUUUGGAUUGAUAUUUAUUGUAAUAUCUACUUUAAAUUUACUUUCAAUUACAUCAGCUACAAUAAAAAAUAAAACAAAAUGGAAGUAUUUUUUUUAAGAAGCAAAAACUUAAUUUUGGGCUAUUUAAAUUAAAUCUUUUUCAAUUUAUAGAAUCUUGUUUUAUAUAUUAAUUAUUGUAAAAUUAAUAGACUAUCCAGAAGCCUAGUCAGUCUUGCUUUCUAUUCAAUCAUUAUUAUACUUAGUUUACUUGAUUAAAUUUAAACCUUUAGAAUCUUAUUUUGAACUCGUCAAGUUAAUAUGUAGAGAAUUUUUAUUGAUGAACAUUUCAGGAACAUUCCUUGUAUAUAGUUUUGAAUUUAGUUAAGAAAAUUUUAUCCUAUUUGGAUGGAUUCAUAUAAGCAUGUUUUGUACUAUUUUGGCUUCUAAUUUGUUUAUAGACUUAUUUUCAUAAAUCAAAAUAACUUAUGAUCUUUAUUUAUAAAAGAAAAUUAAAGAAAAAAUCGAAUAGGAAAGAAAAUAUUAUUUUAAUCAUUUGUAAGGAUUUUAAAUAAAUAAAAAUGAUUAUUAAUAAAGAAAAUGA